AUGGAAGUGGUUUUGUUUGUUGCCAAUCGCCUCGAUGAGGUACAAGAGCAGCAAUUGGAUGCUCUCAUGCGCUCGGCUCUCAUGCGUUCGUAUCUACGUCCGGCCCUAGAACCUGGAGUGAUAUACGGCUUCCGGUCGGCGAGUCCCUCUACUGACGCAAAAGACGCGAUCACUCGAUCGUUGGGCGUCUACGUAGUUGGGCACCCGGCCACUACAGAAGCUGAGCUAGAUCAGCGAAAAUCUCUCCAAGCUCGCUUUUUGGCACGACAAGAUAUCCCAAUGGAUCGAUACCGCGAUCGGCUUCGAGCUCAAAAGGGAGGCGCUUCUGUACCCGCAAUGCGGGCUAUUCCUGUGGCUCUUGCCCCUGGCAAAACCACUGCACAUGAUGAGGAGUUCUUUGAGUGA